UUCCAACUUAAGGCAGUUAGAAAUGAAGUUCAGUUGGCUGUUGGCAAUUCUCUCGCUUUACGUGGUCUACGUUCACGCUGUGCCUUAUGUAAAGGAAGGCAAAUGUCGUGGAGAACCAAUUGUGCGACAAGUGUGCCACAAUCACGUCGACCAUGGACACGCUACAUUUCGUUGGUGCAAAUCGCGGGCCAUGCAAAAUAUGUGGUACUUUAAUCGUCUCCACAAAGAAUGCCAGAAAAUGGAUUACUUUGGCUGCGGUGGCAAUGGAAAUCGAUAUUGUACAAAGAGUCAGUGCAUGGAUCAAUGUCGCAAUGCUUAAAGAAGACCCAACUAACUAAUAUUACAAAGGAGUAAUACUUCAUUCGGAUUGU